UAUGGACUUUCAACAUUGAUCAGCUUUCUCUACCAAUAAAAGUCUUCUUUUAAUUCCUAACUUCCCACCCGACGUUUCCUACCCAUUUAACAAUCGUGACGGUAAAACAUAUUUAAAACUUGGAAGAAACCAUUCUUCUACGUCAAGUGGAAUUUCUUGCUCAAGCCUCGUUGACUUGGGUUCUUUAAUCCUUCAAGUCUUCACUUCACACAUUUUAAAAACAAAUUUAAAGAGACUAAACCUGGUAUUCGCAAACCUGAUUCUCUCCUCAUUGUCUUUGGCAUUUUAAACAAUGAAUACUUCUUCCUUCUUCCUUCUCCUUCUCUCAUUAGUUCUUUCAAUUUCGGAGGCUUUUGAGGCUAGCUGCCCACCUGCAAAAUGUGGUCAUGGUGGUUUUGUUAUCAAGUUCCCUUUCAGGCUAAAAACCCAUCAGCCUUUACAGUGUGGUGACGGUGACCAAGGUUUUGAUCUUUUUUGCAGAAACAACUCCACCGUGAUUCACUUCCCAUCUUACGGUGACUUGGUUGUCGAAUCCAUUUCUUAUGAUACAAUGAAACUAAAUCUUCUUGACCCCAAAAAUUGUGUCCAUGAAGUUUUUCUGAACCUCAAUCUUUCCCUCACUCCAUUCCAUUACUACUUCGUUUUGAAGAACUAUACAUACUUCAAUUGUUCAGUUUCGCUUGGGCCUUCUGUCGCAGAAAUCCCAUGUUUAAGUGGUUCUCAACAUCAUGUUUAUACUGUUGAAUCUCCUGUUCGUGUGCCGGAUUCUUGCAGGAUAAUAAAAACUGUUGCAAUUCCAUUUGCAUACAGUUCUUAUCUUUCUGACAGUAGCUUCGGUCUCGGGCUAACUUGGGAGUUGCCUGAACCUGUUGACUCUAGCUUCCAUUCUAAAGCAGGAUGGUCCCAUUUAGCACAGAAAAAGGUCCUAAUGAUAGGAGGCAUAGUUCUUCUAGCUGCGGCAGCAGUGCUGAUGAGCGUGAAGAUCCUUCGUGCCAAGAUAGUGGAUUCACAUGGAGAGAAGGAAAAUCAAUUUACAGAGGAGUUAAUAGCAGCACAACAUAAAUCCCCGAUGCAUCAAAGCUGCUAAAAUGAUUACUACUAUUAUAUAUCACCAUAUAAAUUUAGUAUGCAGAGCCAAUUGUAGUUGGCAACAAUACUUUUUUUUUUCUUUUAGUUAAAAUUUUCACUGUCCUUUUUUCUUUGUUGGGUUUCCCAUUCCCACUUCCUUUUUCACCAACUCAAAAUACAAGUUUAUAAUUUUCUUUAAACAAAAUCCUUUUUCAAGUGUUCAUAAGUCCAAUAUAAGAAGGCUAAAUACUAUUUGGGCCUACAUUGACCCAAAGACUUACAUUAAGCUCAUAGUCAUAUCCUUUUUUCUCUUUUAAAAUGGGCUUAGACGACAUGGGUAAAUGAAUGUUAAUGGGUGAGCUUGCAUCCUUUGUCAACUUUUGUAAGUAAAAGUAGCCCAACAAUAACUUCAAAACCUAAAGCCCAAAACUUUAAACAAUUUGGAAGGAAAAAAGCCUUAGGACUUCUCUUCUCUAUGUUUUAUUUAAAAAUAAUAAUAAUA